AUGCGUCAUUUCAUUACUGCCCUCGUUAUCAUCAUAAUUAUUAUAAAUGCUAUUGUUAUUGCGCACCUCAUGCCGUUUUACUGCUUCAUUAUGUCUCUUCACUCAUAUCACAUCAUAUCAUAUCAUAUCUCUUCUCUUCUCUUUUUUUUAUUUUCUUUUCUCUCAUCAUCUACUUUAUUAUUAUUAUUAUUAUUUGUUUAUAUGUACUGCAUUAACAUUACUUUAGGGUAUUCAUUAUCUGUUCAGUUACACUUUUUUUUUAAUUAUUUUUCUUCAUAUAUAUAUAUAUAUUAUUAUUAUUAUUCUUUGUCUUUCAGAGUUGCAGCCACCUGA